AUGGCCAUGAACAAUGCUACAGCAGUGCUUGAGUUUCUCCUUAUUGGAUUCUCGAAUUAUCCUGAGUGGUGAGUCCCAUUUUUCACGUUGGUUCUAAUAACUUACCUCAGUACAUUGUUUGGAAAUGCUUUUAUCAUUCUUAUCCAUUUUGACCCACACCUCCACACUCCAAUGUACUUCUUCCUUAGUAACCUGUCUUUCUCAGACCUUUGCUAUGGAACAGUCUCCAUGCCCCAGGCCUUGUUGCAUUGUUUUUCUACACAUCUAUACCUCUCUUACCCAAGAUGUUUGACCCAAAAGAGUGUCUCUUUGUUCUUGGCUACAGCAGAGUGCCUCCUACUUGCUGUGAUGGCCUAUGAUCGUGUGGUUGCUAUCAGCAAUCCCCUGCACUACUCUAUGGUCAUGAAUGGCCCAUGUGUCUGGCUGGCUGCUACCUCAUGGGGGGCAUCACUUGUGCUCAUUGCCAUGGUCACCUUAUCUCUACAUCUUCACUUCUGUGGCACUGUCAUUAAUCAUUUUGUCUGUGAGAUUCUCUCCCUCUUCAAGUUGGCCUGUUCUGAUACCAAUCUCGAUGAACUUAUGAUCCUCAUCACAGGUAUCUUCACCCUGCUGCCACCCUUUGGGUUUAUUCUCCUCUCCUAUGUCCAAAUUAAAAUUGCCUCUGCUGUCUUAAAAAUUCACUCAGCCCAGGGUAGGCUCAAGGUGUCUACCUGUGGUUCUCAUUUGACUGUGGUGACAAUCUUCUAUGGGGCAGCCAUCUCCAUGUAUAUGAAACAGCAAUCCAAGUUAUCCCCUGACUUAGACAAGUUUAUAUCAGUGUUUUAUGGGGCAUUGACACCCAUGCUGAACCCUCUAGUAUAUAGCGUGAGAAACAAAGAUGUUAAAGAGGCACUAAGAAAAGUUAUGGUAAAAAGAAAAUAA